UUUUCGGUUCCAGUCAGGCUUUCGCCGUUUUCGGCUGCGUGGGAAUCCAUGGUUUGUCCGGGGAACUUUCCGCCGCGUCUCUGAGGCAAGAAAAGGCAGCUCUCGCCCAGCCGCGGCCAGAAGAAGAGCGACGAAGAGACGAGGACGAAGCUUGCGGGGUGCAAAGGAUAACUUUUGGGGGGACGGGAGGUGGGAGGGGGGGCUGGCUGGUCCUGAUGCAAGAUGCCGGGCACCCGCGCUUUGAUUUUCCUGCUCACCUUCCAGCUCUGCUCCCUGGAGACCGAGACGCCGACAGCUGGCUGCACAUUUGAAGAAGACGGGGACCUAAAUCAGUGUGAAUACAGCCAAAGUGUUGAAGAUGACUUUGAGUGGGAACUGAUCCGAAGCUACCUUCUUCCCCGUUUGACCUCUGAUCUUCCUCAUGGUUCUUAUCUGAUGGUCAAUUCCUCCCAGCACAAUCCAGGGCAGAAAGCACAGAUCCUCUUCCAGACAUUGAGUGAAAAUGACACUCACUGCCUCCAGUUCAGCUACUUCAUGUACAGUCGGGAUGGGCACAGUCCUGGGACUUUGAAUGUCUUUGUCAAGAUGAAUGGAGGGCCAUUGGGAAGCGUGGUGUGGAAUGUCUCUGGCUCCCAUGGGCGGCAAUGGCAUCAAGUGGAGCUUGCUGUCAGCAUGUUUUGGCCCAAUGAGUACCAGGUAUUGUUUGAAGCAGUCAUUUCCAAUGAAAGGCACGGCUACUUGGGAUUGGAUGACAUCCUGCUCUUGAAUUAUCCCUGCUCCAAAGCACCUCAUUUUUCCCGCCUGGGUGAUGUGGAGGUAAAUGCUGGACAGAAUGCCACUUUUCAGUGUGUAGCUGCCGGCAAGGCUUCGGAAACAGAGAGAUUCCUCAUGCAGAAGCAGAAUGGAGUUGUCAUCCCCACCGUCUCAGUCAAGCACAUCAGUCACAGAAGAUUUUUGGCUACAUUUCAACUGGAUCAAGUACUGAAAGGAGACCAGGACUUGUACCGCUGUGUGACUCAGUCUAGCAGGGGCUCUGGUGUCAGUAACUUUGCUGAGCUGAUAGUCAAAGAGCCCCCAACGCCCAUCGCACCCCCACAGCUUUUGAGAGCAGGUUCAACAUACUUAAUCAUCCAGCUCAACACCAACUCAAUCAUUGGAGACGGUCCUAUUGUAAGAAAAGAGAUUGAGUACCGGAUGACUUCUGGACCUUGGUCUGAAGUACACGCUGUGAACAUGCAGACCUAUAAGUUAUGGCAUCUCGAUCCCGACACAGAGUAUGAAAUCAGCGUCCUGCUGACCCGGCCAGGAGAUGGUGGGACUGGCAAACCUGGACCUCCACUCAUCAGUAGGACAAAGUGUGCAGAACCCAUGAGGGCCCCCAAAGGCCUUGCCUUUGCAGAGAUCCAAUCCAGGCAGCUGAUCCUUCAGUGGGAGCCUCUGGGUUACAACCUGACCCGCUGUCACACAUACACUGUCACACUCUGCUAUCGCUAUGCUGUAGGCACUGGCCAUAACCAGACCUUUCAUGAAUGUGUGAAGAUGGAGCAUGGUACCAACCAUUACACCAUCAAGAACCUUCUGCCUUAUAAAAACGUCCAUGUCAAGAUCAUCUUGUCCAAUCCUGAAGGCCGGAAAGAAGGCAAAGAGAUGAUAUUUCAGACUGAUGAAGAUGUCCCUGGAGGCAUAGCUUCAGAAUCCCUCACAUUCACUCCUCUGGAGGACAUGAUUUUUCUGAAAUGGGAGGAGCCGGUGGAACCCAAUGGUCUCAUAACACAAUAUGAGAUCAGCUACCAGAGCAUUGAAUCCUUUGACCCAGCAGUCAAUGUGCCUGGCCCACGGCGCACCGUCUCCAAGCUCCGAAAUGAAACUUACCAUGUUUUCUCCAACCUUCAUCCUGGGACGACCUACCUUUUUUCAGUAAGAGCACGAACUGGCAAGGGCUUUGGUCAAACUGCUCUGACUGAGAUCACCACCAACAUCUCAGCACCUAGUUUUGAUUAUGGUGACAUACCUUCACCACUGGAAGAGUCGGAUAGCACCAUCACUGUUCUCCUGCGACCAGCACAGGGCAGGGGUGCCCCAAUCAGCACAUAUCAAGUCAUUGUGGAAGAAGACAGACCUAAGAAGAUCAAGCGGGAGUUAAAUGGCCCAGAAUGCUUUCCUGUGCCACUCACUUUUGAUGACGCCAUGUCCCGUGGCUUGGUUCACUACUUUGGAGCGGAACUAUCCCCAGGCAGCCUCACAGAAGCCAAACCCUUCAUUGUAGGGGACAACCAAACCUAUAAUGGUUACUGGAAUCCUCCACUGGAACCCAAGAAAGCCUAUCUCAUCUACUUCCAGGCUAUGAGCAAUCUCAAAGGGGAAACUAGGCUGAAUUGUAUCCGAAUAGCUCGGAAAGCUGCCUGUAAAGAAAGCAAGCGUCCUUUGGAAGUUUCCCAGCACUCGGAGGAGAUGGGCCUCAUCCUGGGCAUCUGUGCUGGAGGACUGGUGGUAUUGAUCAUCCUCCUUGGGGCCAUCAUCGUUGUCAUUCGGAAAGGGAAACCUGUCAACAUGACCAAAGCCACAAUCAACUACCGCAAUGAGAAAACACACAUGAUGAGUGCAAUUGACCAGAGCUUCACAGACCAGAGUACCCUUCAGGAAGAUGAGAGGCUGGGAUUAUCUUUCAUGGACACUCACAAUUACAACAGAGGUGAACAACGUUCCAACAUUGUCAAUGAGUCCAGCAGUCUUUUAGGGGGGUCCCCACGAAGGCAGUGUGGACGCAAAGGCUCCCCCUAUCACACUGGGCAGCUUCACCCUGCUGUCCGAGUGGCCGAUCUUCUCCAGCACAUCAAUCAAAUGAAAACAGCAGAAGGGUAUGGCUUCAAGCAAGAAUAUGAGAGUUUCUUUGAAGGCUGGGAUGCUUCAAAGAAGAAAGAAAAGACCAAAGGGAGACAAGAUCACAUGCCUACCUAUGACCGACACCGGGUUAAACUCCACCCACUUCUUGGUGAUCCCAACUCUGACUAUAUCAAUGCCAACUACAUUGAUGGUUACCAAAGAUCUAACCAUUUCAUAGCCACACAAGGCCCCAAACAGGAGAUGGUCUAUGAUUUUUGGCGGAUGGUGUGGCAGGAACACUGUUCCAGCAUAGUGAUGAUAACAAAACUGGUAGAAGUGGGAAGGGUUAAGUGUGCCAAAUAUUGGCCAGAUGACUCAGAGAUGUACGGAGACAUUAAAAUUACCCAGGUGAAAUCGGAGACUCUGGCAGAAUACGUGGUGAGGACAUUCGCCCUGGAAAGGAGGGGCUAUUCAGCAAGGCAUGAAGUAAAGCAGUUCCACUUCACGUCAUGGCCAGAACACGGGGUACCCUACCAUGCCACGGGGCUGCUGGCAUUCAUUCGCAGAGUCAAAGCUUCUACACCUCCUGAUGCAGGACCCAUAGUUAUUCACUGCAGCGCCGGCACUGGACGGACAGGUUGUUACAUUGUUCUGGAUGUGAUGCUGGACAUGGCUGAGUGUGAAGGAGUUGUAGACAUUUACAAUUGUGUGAAGACUCUCUGCUCACGGAGAAUCAACAUGAUUCAGACUGAAGAGCAAUAUGUCUUCAUCCAUGAUGCCAUAUUGGAAGCCUGUCUUUGUGGAGAGACCAGCAUUCCCAUCAGUGAGUUCAGACCAACAUACAAAGAGAUGGUUAGGAUAGAUCCACAGAGCAAUUCAUCUCAGUUGCGGGAGGAAUUUCAGCAGACUCUGAAUUCUGUAACACCCCACCUGGAUGUGGAGGAGUGCAGCAUUGCCCUUCUACCACGCAAUCGCGAAAAAAAUCGGAGUAUGGAUGUGCUGCCUCCAGACCGGUGCCUCCCUUUUUUGAUCUCCAUGGAUGGAGACAGCAACAACUACAUCAACGCGGCCUUAACUGAUAGCUACACCAAGAGUGCUGCUUUCAUUGUAACCUUGCACCCCCUACAAAACACCACAACGGAUUUCUGGAGGUUGGUAUAUGACUAUGGCUGCACCUCCAUCAUUAUGCUAAACCAGCUCAACCAGUCCAAUUCUGCCUGGCCUUGUUUACAGUAUUGGCCAGAACCAGGCCUUCAGCAAUAUGGACCGAUGCAGGUGGAAUAUAUAUCUCGGUCAAGUGAUGAAGAUGUGGUAGCCCGUCUUUUCCGGGUGCAGAAUAUAACACGGUUACAGGAAGGACACUUGAUGGUCCGGCAUUUUCAGUACCUGCGGUGGUCAGCUUACAGAGAUGUUCCAGAUUCAAAAAAGUCUUUUCUGAAUUUAUUAGCCCAAGUAGAGAAGUGGCAAGGAGAGAACGGCAAUGGCAGGACCAUUGUCCAUUGUUUGAAUGGAGGUGGACGGAGUGGUACCUUCUGCGCCUGCACCAUGAUCCUGGAGAUGAUCAGGUGUCACAAGCUGGUGGAUGUUUUCUUUGCUGCAAAGACCCUUCGCAACUAUAAGCCAAAUAUGGUCGAGACCUUUGAACAGUACCACUUCUGCUAUGACAUAGCGCUGGAAUAUCUGGAUUCACUGGAGACCAGAUAGCAUCUUGUCCAAGCAUCCCAAAGUUGCCAGCAGAGCAGAGCCUAUACAAACUCAACCCAUGUACACAGUGUUGUGCAUAUGCCAGCCAUGAGUUUGAUACCUGCGUCUCAUUUCUAUGUAUAUGGAUACUGGUGUGCAGAAUGGGCAUCUCCGGUGGGUCUCCUUGUGACCCUAAGACUCAUCGGCUGGAAAGAACCGAGCACUACAGGCAGCAGACCACAAGCAAAAUCCAGCCCCUGUCAACACGGCCACAGGAGAUUGGAGGAAGCAAUGGAAUUUUCUUCUGAAAGCUUAAGAUGCUUUGUGGGCAAAAAAAAAAAAAAAAGGAUCAGCCUGCAGUUGCAGUCUUUGGGAAAGCAACAUGGGACUCAAAUGCUCAUUGGACUUGUACAGUUUUCAUUCUGUCUUUAUAGCCACCUCUUUCUUGUCUCCAAAUGAGUGCCUGCCUCCAAAGAGUGUUUAUAAAUUGCUAUGUGGCAGGAAAACUGCUGUAAAAACAGAACAAAACCCCAGUCAUCUAAGAGGAAGAAAGCACAUGUGUAUCUUUCUUUCAAAUGAAGGUGUUCAGAUAUUCUUCAUAACCACCGUAACCAUACACUGGAGUGUUUUGUUCCAAACAAGCUUUGGAAGAGCCUUACUUAGACCAUAGAAUCUAGUCCAACGCUGUGCUAAAGGCAGGAGAUCUUAUACCAUCCCACUCAAACGGUUGUCCAGUCUAUGUUUGAAAACCUCCAGUGAUGCAGCACCCACAACUCCAUUGAUUAAUUGUUCUCCCUGUCAGAAAAUUUCCAGAAUGAUGGUGCCUGCAGACUGCAGCCCCUGUCAGGCAUCUUUCCAAGUAGGGCUAUCUAACCCAUGAAACUCUCAGUAGUGCAACCCCUUCAACAAGUUUGCCACAAUAACUCAUGCACGGAAGCAGACUUCACAGAUCACCAACAAGCAUGUGAGCCAGAAGAGAAUCAGUUCAUAAGCAUGUUUAAGCAAAGGGGCAUGAGGGAGAAAGGAAAGGUCUUUAUUAAUCCAGAUAUUUCUGUUUCAGAGUCAAGUGUAGACUUUCCUGUGUGUGUUGGUGGCGGUUUUGGAAUGAAAACGCAGUGACGGAUAGCUGUUUUCGGCACUUAUGACUAAUGUGGUGGGAAGACGUUUAUGCUUUGGAAAGGUGAGCUGGUUGGGUUUGGAAUAGGUAGCUUUAUUUGUGCAGUUUGGCUUGGAGUCAGAACUUACAGGAGUUAGUGUUGAAAGGUGCCAGCAUAAGAAUAUGAAGGGUGCGCAGGUAUGGUUUUAUAAGAAUCCAAGACCUUGGAUCUCAUUUCUUUCUUUUGCUCCAUCAGCCAAGCUAAACAGAUUAUUUCUACAUCUCCCACUCUUGGUGCAAGGUAUCUGUUGAGAUAAUUACUAGAGGAGUUUUUAAUGCAGAAUAGCAUUAGAGCAGGGGAUGUGCUCUGCAUGAAAAUUGAGGUGCGCCAUUCAUUUGUUUAAAGAGCCGCAGACACUCCAGAUAGGCUAAGCAAAUUUUUACCAAAUGUGGAGGACCUGCCUGUUCAGAACAUUUGGCCAUUCCACUUAAAAAGUCCAAAGCCUCCAGUUUUCAGGCAACAAGAUGUAGACAAAUCCAUGUGCAAAAGUUUUUUUAAAAAUGCAAAGUUGUUAAUGUGCCUUUGUAUCCUUUAUGAAAUGCAUCACACUGAUGUAAAUGAAUGGUUUUCAUCUGGAGCCAUAAUAAGGGAGUAAACAGCAUUGAAGUGGCAGUUGUCAUUCAAGUGAUUGAGACCCUGCUCCUUUUUGGUGCACGAGAGACAUAAAACACACAUUAAAAAAGAGGGGGGGGCUUCAGGUGCCUGGUGGCACCCGUGAUGUUGACCUCCUUCCUCUGAAAUCUUUGGAUUUCAGGCCAUGAAUCUGUUUGUUUGUUUUUUUCAAAAUACUUUUAGUCUUGUCAACAAAGAGCAUUAGUUACUGUGUUGAUAAAUGCAGUAAAGGAAGAAGAUUUUUCUAGGUCAGGAUAUUGAUUGACUUAGCCAAGGGAAAGAAGAUCUGUUGGUUCACAGAACAGAUAUAAAGAUGAUGCAUUCCUUCUGGGAAAAAUGGGGAAAACGAAGCAUAAAUAUGAAUGGAAACCCAGGCCGAUACUUUUAGGAAUGACAUGGCAGCUUACAUUAUUUCAUGCAUCUACCAUUUUCUGGAUUUUUUCCCCCCUCCAGAACGCCCAAAUGUCACAUCUCAGGACUUUUUGGGAAGGAGAGAAUGGAAGGACCAUGGCCAUCAGUGGCACCUGCUAUUUUGGAAUCUCUUCCUUUUUUUGGAGGAGAAAGUGGAGGGGGGAGGGUAUAAAGCCUUUUCUUCCACAGUGAAUUCUGGGGAAAGUGAAACGAUGCCUCUCUCCAGAAGGAGCAGCUAAAUAUAGUAGGGCAAAGAGAUAAGAGGUACGGAAACAUUCAGAAGGAAGAUGGAAUGUGUAUAAUAACAUAAAGUGUUCAUAAAUGUAAUCCCAAAUGGGUGAUGGGACAGAAAGUUCUUUUCAAGAGCUAAGUUGAGAAACAUCUUAGGUGACGGAGCAAGAAUUCAUUAAAAAACUAAAUUUUGCUUCUAACUGAUAUGAUGCUUCUGAGGAGCCCUAGGACAUCACUUUCCAAGUACUCCAAGUUUGAGAGGACAGUCCUAGAUUUUUGUAUCCGAGCACAAUGAUGAUGAUGAUGUGUGUGAUGUCUUUUGUUACUGCUCCCAAGGUCAGAGGCAAGUAUGUAAAUCAUAGGUAAGUCAAGUAUUAUCAGAUGCUAUAUGUUUCAUCACCUGAAGCCAGUGUGGAAAAGUAAGAAUGGAAUUGGUUCAGUAUAGUUAAGGGACAAUCCUCAGAGGCCCAGGUGUAACAUGUAGUUGUGCCAGAUUUAAAUAAGUGAGCAGAAUGGAAUUAUCGAAAGAUAGAACAGAUGGGAACCUGAGGCUGAAACAGAAGGGCUGUUCUUUUUCUUUUUCUUCCUCCUGUGGAUGUGAAUGUGAAGAUGAAGAUUGAUUAAUGGGACUAGCAACAUGUGGUGUCUGGAGUUUAAAGCAAAGACAGAUGCCAUGUGCGCUUUUGCAGAGUUUGUACAACUAGCGCGUUAAAAAGGCUAAGCCUGGCAUACAAUUUUAUAUAAAUACAGAAUAUGGGAGCUCAGAGAAAUAUUCUGCUUGUGGAAAGUCACUUCUUUCAUUGCGAAAAUAAGAGAAGAAAAGAAGUUCUAGCUUUAAUGAUUGGUGAACUUUAAAUGAUAUACUUGGAAAUACCUUUGAAGUUGAAGACCUUAAAGUUGCCAAGGUUGAGAAACAUUGGCUUAGAAGUUUCCCCUCUAAGUGAACCCUUGGGAAUUUCUCAAUAUAGUGAUACCUCGGUAUUCAACUACUUCAAAACUCAUCAAGGUUGGUACUCAGAACCAAACAGAACAGAAUAACAGAGAUGGAAGGGACCUUGGAGGUCUUCUAGUCCAACCCCCCUCCUCAGGCAGGAAACCCUAUACUAUUUCAGACAACUGGUUGUUCAAUCUCUUCUUAAAAACCUCCAGUGUUGGAGCAUCCACAACUUCUGGAGGCAAGUUGUUCAACUGAUUAAUUGUUCUCACCGUCAGGAAAUUUCUCCUAAGUUCUAGGUUGCUUCUCUCCUUCAUUAACUCGAUGCAUUUUGGUGCAAAAAUGGCACUAGCACUUAGACUUAUAUACCGCUUCACUGUGCUUUACAGCCCUCUCUA